UUCAGGUAUGGCUGCUUUUACGUUCUCCCUGUAGUUACUCCCUUUACAAUCGGCCGCCAUCCGGGCAGUUGGGGGAGUCGGGACCUCUCAGUCCCAGUCUUUUGAGCUGGCGUGGGGGUAAGGGCUCCGGAGGAAGGCUGGCGGUGAGCAAGUCCCCGGCGUUUAGCUUCAGACACUCGUCGAUCGGGACCUCUCCUCCGGAGCCGUGAGCUCACCGCCCGGCAUUCACAAUGGUCCAGCGUUUGACAUACCGUCGGAGGCUGUCCUACAAUACAGCCUCUAACAAAACUAGGCUGUCCCGAACCCCUGGUAAUAGAAUUGUUUACCUUUAUACCAAGAAGGUUGGGAAAGCACCAAAAUCUGCAUGUGGCGUGUGCCCAGGCCGACUUCGUGGAGUUCGUGCUGUGAGACCUAAAGUUCUCAUGAGGUUGUCUAAAACGAAAAAACAUGUCAGCAGGGCCUAUGGUGGAUCCAUGUGUGCUAAAUGUGUCCGUGACAGGAUCAAGCGUGCAUUCCUUAUUGAGGAGCAGAAAAUCGUUGUCAAAGUAUUGAAGGCACAAGCACAGAGUCAGAAAGCUAAAUGAAAAAAUGAAGCUUUUUUGAGUAAUAAAAGCAAUUUAAAAAUUCA